AUGUCCAGAUUAACACAGAGGGCUGUUGUGUCUCCUGAACACCUUCCCCUUCCUCUCUGCCACGGCGGAUGUGACAAGAUCAGCUGGCUUCCAGAAGGCAAAGUGUUCAGUAACGUCCAAAGGGAAAAGAUCAUCUCCAAGUUUCUUAAAGAAAGCGUUCUAAAGAGAGUGUUCCGAUCAAAGCAGAUGAGGUGGGAGGGUUCCAGCCGCCAGGAGGAGGACCCAGGCUACACCUUUCCUGGCACCAGAAAGAAGGCCGAGUCCGAGGGGGCGCCCGUCAAGCCGUUCGCCCCGCACGCGGAGGUGCCCGGGCCUCGGGGCGGCAGCGCCCUCGGAGACGACGCCGAGGACGACACGUGGGCCUGCGGCGCGGUGGGGAUUUUAAGGAAACAGAGGAGCAAAAUGGGGAGAAGAAAUGGUGAGAACAGUGGUACCAACUCGCGUGCAACCAACAUCUCCCAUGAGAACUUGUCUCAUCGGAAUUUGGAUUCAGAAGUACCUGCUCCUGAAAAUAAAAAUCUCCCACCUGGAAAGGACAGUGCAGCAGGUGGCAAAAUUAACAAGAACCAUUUGGAAAUUCCAAUAGAGCAACUGGUGCUGGACCUAAAUUUGUCAGAACAUGCUCACAAAAAAACACAGAAUAGUAAACAAGGGGUAUUUCAGUUGUGGAGUUAUCCUUUUAACGAAGGAAGUACCAUGGAGAACAGGGAUUUCAAGAAGUCUGCAGUGGAAACUGGCUUUAACGUAACCAAUAACCCCAUGAGGCUCUUCACACUGAACCACUCACUGACUACUGCUUCAGUAGAUAAGCAAGUUGGUUCUUACCCUGGCCUACAGGUGCCAUCGGGCCUCUGCUGGCCCUAUGCUGAUGGAGACUUUUUUAAGGACAGAAAUGAGCCUUAUAUUAAUUUAUGUUCAGCUGUGGAAAACAAUAAUGGUGAAACUUUAUCUGCCCCAAAUUGGAGUUUGAAAUACGGAAACAGCAGUAUGGAAGAAAACUUAACAGAUGAAAGUGAUUUAUCAGAAAGUGAAAAAGCAAAUGAUAGUUUGCUCAGCUAUUUUAAAAAGAUGGAUCUGAACUUAAAGCCAGAAACAAUAGAAAACGUUGAGGAAUCUUUCACAGAGGAACCAACUGAAGUAUUUCCAUAUCCUGAUUUUCUCCCUUCUCCUUUCAAUAGUCUGGACUUGCACAAGUUAGCCCUCUCAAAAUCUGAAAAUUGGAAAGCGUCGGUGGAACCUCCAGAAAGCUCUGUUGAACGUUUGAUAACCCGUUUACUGGAAAUGGAAAGAUUACAACACACGACUAUACAAAAAGAAAGGCCCAGACUACAAACUACCUUCUGUGCUCCGUCAGCUACUGAACGACCCUUUUCCUCCAAAGCUAUCCCCAAAAUGAGACAGCCAAAACUUUCGGACUCUUUGAGUCUUCAGACAACUUGUGUAGAUAAAAGUCGCGAAAAAAGAAAAAGCAGUUCUGGGUCUUGCAAACUUGAACAAAAUGCUUCAAAAUGGAAUUGGAGCAAUGCUGGCAACACAUGCAAAUGGACUUCUAGACCACCACCUCUAAAAAGUUCAUCCACCACCAAACAGUUGAUUCCAACUUGUGAUGACAUUAGGAAUCUCAAAAGCUCCAUUUUAAAUCCAUGCCAAGAACUCUCAGCCAAGCCCACUAGUUCCCAAACAACUCAAUCGUUGGUUAAAAUGGUCUCAACAAGAUGUCUGCCACCAAGGUCUCCAAUACCAGUUUCGCCUAUACCCCUGUCUUUUCCCGAAAAUCAGAGAGAAGACAAUAAGGCACCAAGGACCAAAAAGAAACCUUAUCAGAAAAACAUAGAAUUGAACAAACCAUUCUAUAUUCAGAAGUUAAACUGUUUAUCACCUUCCUUUGUAGGCAAGGACAAGUGUUCACCCAUUGAUCAAAAGUAA